AUGAACGUGAUUUAUCACAAAAAGGAAAGAAAAGGAAACGUAGAAGGAAACAGAAACAUAGAAAGUGAUAAAAUGCGCGGCGUAGUGGUCGUAUUGUCCUGUGUACUUGCACUCGCUGCCACCAGCUCCGUCAACUACUGCGGCGCCAGCAUGUGUGGAGGCAACAAUACACAUACUUACUGCCAGUAUCCAGAAGGUCCUAGUCCCAACUGCAUUGGGUAUGUAAAGGUCAAGCUUAGAAGCAGAGAGAAGGCGAGACUGCUAAAACGGUUUAACAGCGGCAGGAAUAAAGCUGCAGCUGGCGGGCUAAAGGGGUUUCCCCCUGCUGCGAAUAUGUUAAAACUGCAUUGGGUUGAGGAGCUCGCUCGUGAAGCCCAGCGCUGGGCAGACCAGUGUCGUCCGCCGCGACGCCCCGAAGAACGCGACACCUGUCGUGAUUUAUAUUCAUUGACAGUUGGUCAGUGUGUGGCGUCAGCAAUUGGCACAACGCCGCAACGAGUCGACUUUAUGGUCGACAUUUGGAAUAGACAAAGCAAGUAUUAUAAUCACAGUGUCACCAGAUACGAGCCACGCAAUGGAAAGGUAGUCUCCAGAAUGUGGAGAGACUUGUCUGCAACGUGGCCCCGGCCGGGCCGAAGCGGCACCGCCGAUUGUGGCGCCCUCAGGCACCAGCUGAACUCUGUCCAUAUCGUGCAAGAGUAUCCAGUACAUGGAUUAACCUUUGUGAUUACCCUGAAUCGGUUCGGGAGCUACAAGAAGCGUUAA